GAUUGAAACCAAAGUUCUAAGAAAGAAAGGUGCAGCUGCAGCUGUGUAUAGGGUAGCUCAUAAAAGUAGUGGUUUUAGGGUCAGCAUUUCCUCAAAGUUCGUCAAGGGAAGAGGUCAGAGACGUGACAUGGAAAUUCUCGACAAAGGGACAACAAAGUCAGAGCCCCAGUUUCCUGAAUGAGACGAACCAAGACUCUCUCACUAGCUAAUGCCUCAACACUACACCAGUAAUUGCUAUGAUGGAGUCGAUGGAGUCAUGUGUCCCACCGGGUUUUCGGUUCCACCCUACAGAUGAAGAACUUGUUGGUUAUUAUCUGAGGAAGAAAGUAGCUUCUCAGAAAAUUGACCUUGACGUUAUCAGAGAGAUCGAUCUAUAUCGUAUUGAACCAUGGGAUCUCCAAGAGAGAUGCAGGAUCGGGUAUGAGGAGCAGAAUGAGUGGUAUUUCUUCAGCCACAAAGAUAAGAAGUAUCCAACUGGGACAAGAACUAACAGAGCUACCAUGGCUGGGUUUUGGAAAGCGACAGGAAGAGACAAAGCAGUGUAUGACAAGGCAAAACUAAUUGGGAUGAGGAAGACCCUCGUUUUCUACAAAGGAAGAGCCCCUAAUGGACAGAAAACAGACUGGAUCAUGCACGAGUAUAGGCUUGAAUCUGAUGAGAAUGGACCUCCACAGGAAGAAGGAUGGGUUGUGUGCAGAGCAUUCAAGAAAAGAACCAAUGGGCAAACGAAGACUAUUGAAGGAUGGGAUACAAGCUACUUCUAUGAUGAAGCAAGUGGAGUGAGCACUGUGGUCGAUCCAAUUGAUCUCAUCUCAAGGCAACCUCAGAGCUUUUUAUCUCAAAAUUUCUUGUGCAAGCAAGAGAUAGAAGCAGAUAACUUGAGCUGCAUGCACCCAGAUCAAUUUGUACAACUACCUCAGCUAGAAAGCCCGUCUUUGCCAUUGAUAAAGAGGCCAAGCACAAUGUCCCUUGUAUCAGACAACAACGAAGAAGAUGAUACUCAAAACAUGUUAAUCAACAACACCACAAAGAAAGUCACUGAUUGGAGAGCUCUUGACAAGUUUGUGGCUUCUCAACUGAGUCAGGAAGACAGGCAUGAAACUAAUGCUCUAUCAAGCUUUGAAACCCAUAAUAACAACCCGGACAUGGCAUUGCUGCUACUGCAGAAUAGUAGGGAUGAAGGGAACAAGUUAAGCCCGUUUUUUAAUACAAGCUCAGACUGUGAUAUUGGGAUAUGCGUAUUUGAAAAAUGAAGAAGUGCAUGGAAACGAUUUUUAUUUGUAGUACCAUAUAAUUAAAUGUUCGAUUGAUGCUGGGACAUACUAUAUUUUUGUAAAAAUAUGCAUGUGUGGAUCCGAAGAUUUAAACACUUUCUUCCCUUACGCGUGAGUGCAAGUGUGUGUGCGCAAA